UAGCCAACCUUCUCCUUUCAAACAUUUCAAACGCUCACUUCUCAAUAGUUUCCUUUUACAUAGAAUCAAAUUCCCUCUCCCCUCCCUACAUGAACCCUACUUUUCAAUACCUUUCUUAGCUUACCAAAAAGAAUUUGAAAAGGGUUUUUGUUCUAUUCCACAUACCAUACAAUAUAUAUAAAUAUAUAUAUUUCUCGCUUCUAUUUAUUUCCUUGACCAUUUUUAAAAAAAAAUGGUUGGGAAAAAUUGCUCCGAGGAGCUUCCUCCUGGAUUUAGGUUCCAUCCCACCGAUGAAGAAUUAAUCAUGUAUUAUCUUCGUAAUCAAGCAACCUCAAGGCCUUGUCCUGUUUCAAUCAUCCCCGAAGUUGAUGUCUAUAAGUUCGAUCCUUGGGAAUUGCCUGAGAAAGCUGAAUUUGGGGAAAGGGAAUGGUACUUUUUCACCCCUCGUGAUCGGAAAUACCCAAAUGGAGUGAGGCCAAAUAGAGCAGCUGUAUCAGGUUAUUGGAAGGCUACAGGCACAGAUAAAGCAAUCUAUAGUGGAUCAAAAUAUGUUGGUAUUAAGAAGGCUCUUGUUUUCUAUGAAGGAAGACCUCCUAAGGGUAUUAAGACUGAUUGGAUCAUGCAUGAAUAUCGAUUAAGUGAAUCCAGAUCUCAACCAAUCAGGCUAAAUGGCUCCAUGAGGUUGGAUGAUUGGGUACUUUGUAGAAUUUAUAAGAAGAAGAAUUUGGGAAGAGCUAUGGAGAUGAUGAAAGUUGAAGAAGAUACAAAACAGCCAGAAAUAUUGAGUACUAAUCCUGUUGAAAUUGUUGCUGCUACUGGACCACAAACAUUGAAAUUGCCAAGGGCUUGUUCACUAUCUCAUCUAUUGGAAAUGGAUUAUUUUGGUUCAAUUUCACAACUAUUUGAUGACAAUUCAUACAACGCUAACAACCAAAACACAAUGACCAAUGUUAAUAUUGGAAAUGUGCCUCAUCAUGCCAUGGAAAAAUUUCAGCUAGGGGAAUUGUCACACCAGUACAUGACUAGUACCAACGUUAAUGGAAAUGUCCCAAUUUUUGUGAAUCCAGCCUUUCAGUUCCAGUGACAAUGGAUACUUCGGGAUGGAUUUCAAGAAUGAAGAUGGUGGAAAACAACAAUUACUAUACGCCUCAAUCUCUCAAGCACAUUGGGGUCAGCUACUAGUAUUAUUUCAAGAAUUGUAACAUAUAGAUGUGAUGUAAAGGUCAAGAAAAUUAUCUGACAGUCUGUGAUUGGUACCAUCUGUAAGCAAUCUCAGUAGACCAUAAAACGAAAAAUCAAAGAUUGUUGUAUACUUGUAUUACUAUAGAAUAGUAAUAUUUUCCAGCACUUGGCAAACAACUAAUUAAUUUGCUUAAA